UAUUAUUUGAUUUAUAAAUGAACCAACUUUAUAUGACAGUUUAGUUGAUGUGAAGAAACUAUAGUAUGAGUUUCUUCACUAUUUUGCUCCUUGUUCCAGGAGUGAUCGGGAACUCCCUUGUUUCUGUGAGUCUUCAGAAGAGUAGUUCAGUGUGCUGCAUGAGUGCUAAAGUAAAGACAUGUAAUGUGGCAUCAGUUGACCCAUCUAUGCUUGGAAAAGGAACUUUGACAUUACCAGGAGAUAUUACUGUUUCAUUCCUUAAUAUGGUUGCUGGGAACCCAAAUGCAUAUCACUACGGAAGUGAUGUUGCCAAUAUUAUCAUCACACAUAACCCAAGCACAGGUGGUAUUCAUGGUCAUUUCAUGACAUCAUCUGGAUUAUCUUAUACCCUGGAAUAUUGUGGAGAUGCAGGGCAUGUAUGGAAAGAAGUUGAUGUUCAAAAUCUUGGUUCCAAUGAGGGAAUUGAUUACAUUGAUGUCCCAGAAAUAGCUGUUGAUCCUCUAGAAAGAGUUGUCAAUCCACGACCAGUUCAUGAUGACUUUUUAAGGCAAGGUUUAGCUGACAACACUACUAUUUACACAUAUUCUGUCAAGUUUUAUUAUACCCCAUCAUUUUCUGCUGUAACUCCUGACAUUGAAGGAUUUAUAGAUCAAGUACUAGCAGAAACUAAUCAAGGAUAUGCAAACAGCCUGGUUCCCUUAAGGGUUGUAAAACAUUGCUCAGAGCUUUCAACCAUAGAUGAUGUUCCAGCUUCUUCUGAUAUGUUAAAUAACUUUAGAUACAUGAAAUCCUCCACAUCUGAACUCAGAGGAUCUGCAGAUGCUGCAGCUCUUUUGAUAAACGACUUCAGCUCUUGUGGUAUUGCUUACCUAAAUGUAAUAUCUAGUGGUAACAUGGUUUCUGUAACAAAGAAAAGUUGUGCUGUCGGGUAUUAUUCUUUUGGCCAUGAAGUUGGUCACAACAUUGGGUUGCACCAUGAUCCACUUGUAGCAACUAACACUGUAUAUCCUUAUGGGCAUGGUCAUCUGAUUGCACAAGGAAGUGCUAAUACUGGAUAUAGAACCAUACUUGCUUAUUCAGCAACAGGACACAAUACCAGAGUCAAUUACUAUUCAAAUCCUAGUGUUAUAUUACCAACCACUGGAACACCCACAGGAGUUGAGGGGAUUUCAGACAAUGCUGCUCUUUUAACUUUAAACAGAAUUAUCUUGUCUGCCAUUGGUGAUGAGUCUUCCGCAUGUUCUACAGCUACUACAGCUGCACCAACCACUGCUGCUCCAACAUCAGCACCAACCACUGCUGCUCCAACAUCAGCACCAACCACUUCAGGUUCAACUACCCCGACUGAAUGCACAAGUGAAAAUGGCAUUACAAAACUAACCCUGCUGAGGAGAAUAAAUAGAGUAAGAAAUCAGAAAGCAUGUUAUCAGCUCUGCCUUGAUGAUGCUAACUGUGAUUAUUGGUCGUUCUUCUACCAUCGUCAGUUGCGAAGGCGACAGUGUAGGCUCUUUGCUAUCACUUACAGGCCUUGGAACAAGUGGACCAGUGGACCAAGAACUUGUUAAUUAUGUGUUUCUUUUUUAAAUUGGAUUAAAUAAUUUUUGCUAAAUGAUUUACAUAAAUAAAAUUGGCUACAUUUAAAAAA